UACGUUUUCUUGCAAAAUCAAUAUCAACACAUUAAACUAUAGUCUCAAGAACCAAACUUAAAAAAACAUCAAAGCUUAGAGCUAUGAUGAUCCAUGUGUUACAAAGACAAGUGCAGUGAAGAAUCUUGCAUACUUACAUAGAAGUUACAAGUCAUGGCCUAUUCUGCAGUUUCAGUUCCCAUCUCUAUAACUUCGUCUGCAACAAUGGACAUCACAAAAGAGAAUAAAUUUCUUCUCCAUUCACUCUCCAACAAAGGCUUAUUAUGCAAACAUUCAACAAAUAACUGCAUCCAAGCCACAUCAAUGCAACCAAAGCAUAAAAGCAGGAACUCCAUAAUAGUAUUUCCACUUCAACUUUCAGUUUCCAUUCUUCCAAAUCCACUUCGCUCCUUCUUAUUUGACACAGAAACGAGGAGGGAAAUGAACAUGGGGCAGAAGGGUAUCAAUAAUAUUAAGGAAAACAUGGUGGAAAGCAGUGAAGAAGUGAUGAUAAAUAGAGCUCGCUGGGUUCAGAGAUUAACGGGAAUUAAGAGAUACUGGAGAAGAAAAGUACCUAAAGAGAGCAUGGAAACAGAUAUAAUAUGCAAACACAACACGAAUAGUGAGUGUGAUUGUGAUGAAGAUGACAGUGUUUGUGUGGCAGGUUAUGAAGAAGGAGAUGAAAAAGAGGAAAAUGGACAAGAAGUGGCAUGUGAUCGUGACUCAUUCUCAAAGUUUCUGGUCCCGGUUCCUUCGCUUGAUACCAAACUAUUCUCUAAGCUGGCUUUCCUGUGCAGCAUGGCUUAUGUCAUACCACAAAUCAAGGCUAAGGACUUGGGGAGAAACUAUGGUCUUGAAUUCGUAACAUCAUCUUUGGAAAAGAAAGGUGAUGUGACUAAGAUAAAAGCAAAACUUGAUCAGGACUCCAUUUGUGUGCCUAUGGAUGCCUCAGACUCAGCAGCCUCUCAAGAUGGUUCAGAGAAAGAGAAAGGUGGUGAUAAUGAACAGAAGCAUCAAAUCAAGCUUGCCUAUGAUAUUACUGCCUCAGCUGCUUCUUAUGUCCAAUCACGCACUAAGGACCUUCUGUCUCUUGCUUCGAAGUCAAAGAAGCAUAGUGGCAAUGGGGAUUUCAGUGGAAGAGAAGACUCUCCAUAUGAGGAGGCUGAUGAAACACCACCGGUUUACAAGUCAAGGUAUGGAGUUAAUGCUGCAGCAUUAACAAUGACUGUUGUGGCUGCAGCAGGAACAGCAGUGGACCUUCAGUCACUUCGUUCAUCAUCUUGUGAAUGGUUUGUUUGUGAUGAUCCCGACACACACACUCGAUGCUUUGCCAUUCAGGGAUCAUAUUCCGUGGCAUCUUGGAAAGCAAACCUCUACUUUGAGCCUACUACAUUUGAGGGCACGGAUGUACUUGUUCACAGGGGAAUAUAUGAAGCUGCCAAGGGAAUAUAUGAGCAAUUCAUGCCAGAAAUAAUGGACCAUUUGAAGAAAUAUGGGGAUAGUGCUAAGCUCCAAUUCACUGGCCAUUCCCUAGGGGGUAGUCUCUCAAUUUUGGUCUAUUUGAUGCUACUGACUAGGAAGGUUGUCAGUCCCUCAACUCUUCUGCCAGUAGUGACUUUUGGUUCUCCAUUUGUGUUAUGUGGAGGCCAAAAAUUACUCAAUGAGCUUGGCCUGGAUGAGAGCUACAUUCAAUGUGUAAUAAUGCAUAGAGAUAUUGUUCCCAGGAUCUUCUCAUGCAGUUUUCCUAACCAUGUUAUAACUGUCCUUAAGCGCUUAAAUGGGUCAUUUGUGUCACAUCCUUGUCUUGUAAAAAAUAAGCUAUUGUACUCACCAUUGGGUAAAAUAUUCAUUCUCCAACCAGAUGAGAAAACAUCUCCUCCACAUCCUUUACUCCCAUUAGGAAGUGGCUUUUAUGCUGUAGACAGUAGCAGAUGUGGAUGCUCUCCAAAUGUUCUCAGAGCCUUCUUCAAUCAACCACACCCUAUUGAAACACUAAGCAAUCCAAAAGCAUAUGGCUCAGAUGGCACAGUUUUAAGAGACCAUGAUUGUAACAACUAUCUAAAAGCAGUCAAUGGAGUUUUUGGACAACAUUCAAAGAUUGUUGUCAGGACAGGGAGAUCAAAGCAGCCACGAAAAACAUUUAAGAAAAAGAUGAGAAAAUAACGUUGUGGUCAACUUUUUAUUUUCAUGAUAGAAAAAAUGUAAAAAUCCCUUUUAUUCAUAAGAAAAGAAAAGGGUAAAAAUCAGUUUGGAAGUCCAUUUAUGUCUAGGAAAUUAUAGAAACUUAAUUUCGCAUCAUAGUAGUACAGUUCACGUGCCUUCAGUGAAUUGCGCAAACUUAAUAAUUUUUCAGUAUUUAUUUUUCUCUUUUGUAAAAGAAAUCAAA